CGGCAUAUAAACAGGGUGAUGGAAGGAAGAUUGAUGGUAGAAGGGUGUUGGUUGAUGUGGAGAGAGGUAGGACAGUCCCUAACUGGCGUCCUCGUAGGCUUGGUGGUGGUCUUGGUACCACCAGAGUUACCGGUGAGAAGACAGCUGGCGAGGAGGAGCCACAACAGCCCUCCCAAGCAAGAACAUCCCGCUCAGAGGAGCCUAAAGCCCGUGAAGACCGGGAGAAAUCUCGUGAUAGGGGCAAAGAAAGGGAACGCGAGGUGUCUCACGAGCGGUCUCGUGAAAGGUCUCAUGAGAGGUCCCGUGAAAGGUCUCGUGAUAGACCGAGAGAGAGUCAUAGAGAGGAAAAGCACCACAGAGACCGGGACCGAGGUAGAGACAGAGACAGGGACCGAGAAAGAGAGAGCAGACGUGACAGAGGAGACAGAGACCGUCGUAGUCGGGAUCAUGAUAGGGAGCGGAGUAGGAAAAGGGAACGGGACUACGAGAGCGGAGAGUACGAAGAAGAGGGUGAGUAUGAGAGAGGUGGGUCGAAGCAGAGGAGAGGAGAGUCAGAGGAAGGGCAUGGGUACUACGAAGGGCGUAGUAGACGUUCAAGCCAUUAUGAGCGUGAGGAGGAACAGGGAGGAGGUGAGCAAGACCGCUACGAUGACCGUUAUGGGAGAGUGGAGGAAGAAGAAUACCGUUAUGAUGAUCGUGAGUACAACAAGCGGUCAGAGCGUUCCAAGUCGCGUGAUUAUUAAACUUGAUGGACGACGUUAUUUUCUUGCGUAGCUAUAAACAAUAAACUUUUGUUUGUGUGUUGUGAUGAAUCUUUUGUCGGAUUUCGCUUUUGCGUUUCUUUUGAUUUGGUCUGACAAUUUGUUGAAUCUUUUUAAACAAGAACCAUUUCAGCUUUUA